AAUUUUGUGGAAAAAUGAGUGUUAAAAUAGUGCAAUAUUUUGUCAGGGUGAUAUAAAUGGUAGCUUAUCCUAUGAUAAAUUAUGUAAAGCAAUUGAUUUCUUGAGUCGUUGGGAACCACAAACAGUUACUGACUUUCUUCGUCAGUUUGUGGGUAUUGCUCAUUUGUUUGACCAUCGAUGCAAACAGUUAUUAUUAAAAUUUGUCAAAAUUGAAUGGCACUGCAUUCCUAAUGAAAUCCGACCCGAAUUUGUUGAUUUGCUUCGAAAUAUUGGUGUGCAGUACAUUUGUUACACCGAAAUGAUCAUGAAAUGUUUUGUACAACAUCUUGUUGCUAAAGUUGAACUCGUGAAUGACCCUAAUGAAGAUCAAGUGGAUGGUGUCAAACAGUUUAAAUUAUCUGCAACAGAAGAAGACCAAGAAAGUAUAUACAAACUAGCAAAUAAGGGAUUGACUUUCAUUACGGAAUGUUUUCCUGUAGCAACGAAAAAUCUUUUGAAAAUAAUCCGUCAGAGUUUUCCACAUUUUUCGACACCUUCGCUUCGAUAUGUUAGCUAUGUAAAAAAUCUAUUAUUGUUAUGUGAAACUUUGAGGUAUUGUCGAACGGAUAUAUUUUCUAUCAUUGUUGAUAAUCUUUCUCAACUUGAUGCUGUAUUAAUGAAAACGGAAGACUCAGUAACAAACCGAAUAGAUGAUGACAUGGGCCUAAAUGUAUUUACACUGGAUGAAGAAUAUGAAUCAAAAAAAAAGGAAAUAUUGAAUAAUAAUGAAAGGAUGGAAAAAUUGGAUUGUUGCAUGUGCUAUAUGUUUACGUAUAUAGCGAAAAUCCACAACCAAAAAAGUCCGUUACAAAUUGAUUUCGAUUUGCUGCCAGUUAAAAUGAAACGGAGGACAUUAUUUGAGGAAUCAUUAUUUGCAUUCGAAGACCAUAUUUUAAUGGCUCAUAAUUUGAAGAACGUUUCAUUUAUUUGGUUUUACAUGUGUAGUCUUAAUGAGAAUUAUUGCGAUUAUUUCUUGAACUGGUUGUGGGGUUUUGUAUCUGGAUUGAACCAAGCACCUAAUGACUGGAAGAAAGGGCAAGGUGCUGCCUGCUACAUUGGAAGUAUGCUCUCACGGGCUUCUUAUAUCGAUUUGAGUACGGCAUUAAAAUGGUUAGGAAUAUUAUCAUCAUGGUGCACUACGUAUGUGAAUGAAAUGGUUGAUCGAACAGCUGGUACAGCAGCUGGCUCAGCUCGACAUGGAACGUUCUAUGCUGUUUUUCAAGCUUUUCUAAUUGCAUUUUGCUUUCGAUAUUGUGAAAUAGUUCAAGCAAAAGAAAUAAAUGAUAUGCGACGUUGGGGACUGGGACAUAUUAUCCACAGUUCGUUGGAACCUUUAUCUUAUGUUAGUCGUCCUGUUGCUUUGUGUUUUGCGACAAUAAGCAGGUCAUUGCAGCUUGUUUACGUAAAUCAUAUCUUACCGACAACAUCAGAUGACAGAAUCCCUUUCGAAUCCGUUUUCCCUUUUGAUUCAUACAGUUUAACCAAGUCCUCCUCUUGUAUUACAGUCCUUAUGAGAAAAUUCUCUCCGCUUGCCGAACAUGUGUAUACACUGAAAAGUGAAUUACAGUGGAAAACCAUAAACGAAAGAGCGCUCCGUCAUAGUCUCGAGGAGCAUGUUGGUUCAUGGGAAUUUCUUAACGAUAUCGAACGUGAUCGAAAUGAAUUCCAAAAAGAUGUGGAGGCAAUGGAUGAGGGAGAAAGCAAAUCGUCUUUCAAAGUUACUGAUGAAUUUUUGACCAUUUAUUCUUCAUCACCUGGCCUCAAACAAUUUUCUGUACUUGCACCAGGUAUGUUGGAUUUUUCAGUCGAAUCGAUUUUCAGCAGCAAUUAA